GCGCUUCGUUGGGGCUCCUGCGCCCCAGAGCCGUCGCUGAGGAGCCCCCAAGCCCGGCAGAUUCAUUCUAAGUCUGCCAGGAGUUGACCGUUGUCACAAUGGUUUUUAAGGUUGCAGACAUGGAGGAGAUGAUAAUCUGGGAACAGUAUACAGUAACGCUAAACAGGGAUCCCCGGAGGGGCUUCGGCAUUGCCAUAUCGGGAGGCCGGGAUCGCCCCAGCGGUGUCGACGGAGACACAUCCAUCAUCAUCUCUGACGUGGUGCCCGGGGGCCCUGCUGAUGGCCGGCUCCAGACCCGGGACAAGAUAGCCAUGGUGAAUGGAAUCUCCAUGGAAAAUGUGUCGUCCUCCUUUGCUAUCCACACCCUGAAAGGCUGUGGGAAAGCCGCCAAUAUUACGGUCAAGCGCCCCCGGAAAGUGCACCUCCCGGUAGCCAAGCCCAGCCCGCCCAAAAACCUUCCGCUCUCCAGCCCCACUUUGCGCGACGGUGACUCCGACGAGGACGCCGGCUACCGGGCGCCUUCCGCGUGGGGCGGGUUGGCGGCCGGCGGCCGGCACCAGGCUGAAGCGGAACACAACCGCGGCUACGACGGCGACUCCUCCAGCGAGAGGAGCUCCGGGCGCCACCGGGACGAGGAAGACACCCCCCGCAGGCACCCGGUCCGGAGCAGGAGGCGGAGCCAAGACGGCGGGCACCGGAGGCGGAGCCAAGACAGCGGGUCGGACCGGCAGCGCUUCACCAAUGGGUACAGCCACAGGGGCAGCGCUAGCGGGCUGGCCCUGGUAUCCGGGUUCAAGAGGCUUCCGCAGCAGGACGUGCCGAUGAAACCGGUCCGCUCCGUUCUGGUGAAGAGCAAGGAGACCGAAGAGUUUGGCUUGAAGUUGGGGAGCCAAAUCUUUAUUAAACACAUUACGGACACAGGAUUGGCGGCUAAGGACAGUUCUUUGCAGGAGGGAGACCUCAUACUGAAGAUCAAUGGGGUGUCGAGUGAGAAUCUGUCCCUGGAGGAGACGCGGCGGUUGAUCGAGCUCUCGGAGGGGAGGUUGACUCUGGUGGUCCUUCGGGAUAACAGCCAAUUUCUGGUGAACAUUCCCCAAGUCAGAGACAGCGAGAGCGAAAGCUCCCAUCUGGACGACAUCUCUGACCUCGGCUCGGACAUCUCGCCGCCUCCAACUGCCCCAGCGAGCGGGCCGGACUCACCGGCAUCUCCAAAGUGGAAUCCAGCCCCGACCCUACGGCGCUCCGAGCAAACGUCACCCGAAAAGUCGAUGACGCCCCCACUUCGCGAAGUCCAAGGGAGCCCUGAAAACGACUACGAUGCCCAAACUGACGCCUUUGCCUCCCAGACUGGCACAAAUUAUGGAUACAGCCCCGAUUCCAAAGUGGUUCGUUUCAUAAAAGCCAAGAGCAUCGGUCUCCGUCUGGCCGGCGGCAACGAUGUCGGGAUCUUCGUCGCCGGGGUGCAGGAAGGCAGCCCAGCCGAGAGCCAAGGGAUCCAGGAAGGAGACCAGAUCCUUCAGGUGAACGAGCAAGUUUUUCAUAACCUCACCCGCGAAGAGGCCAUUCAGUACCUCCUGGAGCUGUCGCCGGGCGAAGAGGUGGCGUUGCACGUUCAGAAUAAGCAGGACAUCUACAGGAAGAUGGUGAAGUCCAACGUGGGCGACUCCUUCUACAUCCGCACCCAUUUCGAUUUUGAGAAGGACGCCCCCUCUGCUCUGAGCUUCACCCGUGGUGAGGUCUUCCACGUGGUGGACACCAUGUACCGGGGGAAGGUCGGAAGCUGGCUAGCCAUGCGGAUGGGCAAAGAUCUCCAGGAACUCGACAAGGGCAUUAUCCCAAACCGAAACAGGGCGGAACAGAUCGCCAGCUUGGAGUCCGUUCUCAAGGCCACGUCGGGAGUCUCUGCUUCGGGGCCGAGGGCCGAAUUCUGGAAACUGCGGGGCCUGCGAGGAGCUAAGAGGAACCUGCGGAAGAGUCGCGAGGACCUGUCUGCCCUCACCAAGCAAGGGCACUACCCGCCGUACGAGAGGGUCGUUCUGAAGGAAGCAACCUUUAAGCGCCCGGUCGUGAUCCUGGGACCCAUCGCCGACAUUGCCAUGCAGAAACUCAGCACCGAAUUGCCAGAUCAGUUUGAGAUUGCAGAGAGCGUGGCGAGAGAAGGGAGCUCAUCAAAGGUUAUCAAGCUGGACUCCGUGUGGCAUAUUGCAAAACAGGAUAAACACGCCCUUCUGGACAUCACCCCGGCAGCUGUGGAGAGGCUCAACUACGUCCAGUACUUCCCCAUCGUGGUCUUCUGCGAGCCGGACAGCCGCCAGGGCGUCAAAGCCAUGCGCCAGUGGCUGGCCCCAGAAUCCAAGAAAAGCUCGCGGCGCCUCUACGCCCAGGCUGGCAAGAUGCGGAAGGACUGGAGCCACAUCUUCACGGCCACCAUCAGCUUGGCUGGCGGCUCCAACAGCUGGUACCAGAGCCUCAAGGACAUCAUCCGGGUGCAGCAAGCCCGACCCGUAUGGACGACAGAGGAGCAGGUCCGCUUGGUUUUUAACUUCUGGCUUUUAACUGAUAAUUUUAAUGUAUCUUCUGUGCAAUUUGGACGGCUGCCCAGUCGCUCUGGAUUUGAACACCUUUUAGAAUAUCGUCACCAAACUUUGCAUGACAGCUCCUGAGAUCAGGAGCUGAUUUCAUCUAUAUUUGGAUGCCUGGUUUUAUCCUGAUUUUGCACAAUCAUUCCUGAGACCAGGGAACUGGUUUUUCUCUAUAUUUGGAUAAAACGGGGGGUUAUUUUGAAUCAAGAUGGUGAACUGAACCUUUCGAAACCGCCCUGAUUUUUGUUGGAGAAAAGCAAAUACAUUUCCUUCUUCUGAGCUUCUAGUUAAUGCAUGAGUUGCUUUAAACUACAUGAGGGCGAUCUAAACAUCACCGGUUCUGAGUCAUAUUCUUGUUCUCUCCCAACGUGUUGAGACAAGAUCUUUGCCUCUUUCAUCUUUACUCAUCCCAUAAAUAGUUGCUUCAUGAAUAAAGCCUCUGAACUCCAGAAACUGUAAGUGAUCAAAUAAAUCUUAUUGACCCAAGCAGCAAGCACUUCUAACAGGUUAUGGGCCCAGGCGUUUGUUUGGAACCCCAAACGGAUUUUCCCAAAGUUUCCUUUCCAAAAGCCUUCCCAUUCCAGCGAGAAAGCCAGCGAGAAGGGGAGUGGAUUUCAAGAGAAGUGAAGAGUAAGGCUGGGUGGACUGGACUAGGAAGAAAGAGCCGGUUGCAAGGAAUCUGCAAAAGCAAAAAUCCUAGGUGUGCCUCUCCCCAAAGGGUAUUUGAAAGCAGAAGGGGAAAUUUUGCAUUGCUGAGAACUGGAACUUGCAGAGAUAUGAACAAUGGCUGUAAUUUAGGCAAGAGCAGUAAUCCUCAAGUUGAAGGAGCAGAUUUUUCAACGAUGGAUGUUCAAGAUAGAGAAUCUCCUAGCCAACUGCUGAUUUUGCGCAGUCGGAUAACGAAGGGCAGGGAAGCAAAAGUCAUUGUCUUUCGCUGGAAGAUUCACUGAUAAUACACACCAGAGGAUUGGGGAAACCGUAUUCAAUUAGGCUGAAACAGGAUGGAGACUUGCAAACUCGCCUGAGUGCCGCCCUAGAAAUUCUUCGGCGACUGAGAAAAGUCGGCGGUGAUCUUGAGGACAACCGUGCGGCGGUUUCCGUGUUAUGCUGUUUACGCCAAUCCUUUGCUCCACUGAUAAAAUGUCCUGGAGACCCAACCAGAAGCAGAUUUGAGU